CAAUUGUAGCAGUGUAGUCGUGAUCACGAAAGAGGAAGCUAAACCAGAAACCAAGGGGCCGAGCUAUUUAAAAUAGCCUUCUGUACAGAACAGUGAUACUAUAGCUGAUACUAGAGGCAGCCCUGCUGUCAGCGGAGAGAGCUGGGGAAAUAAUAUCCAAGAGAAAUAGCAGGCAGAAAAAUUAGACAUGAAUAUACCUUUGUACAUUUUUGUUGUUAUUAUUAUUUAAUUUGCAAAAAUCAGGCAGCAAGGAAAAUUGCAAGGAUAAAUAAUGAAUAGAGUAGACAAGUCGUCGAUCUGCAAUUCUUCAGGAAAUACAGAAUCAUCGGCCAUUGAAAAUAUUUAGUCUACUCUAAAUCAGUAUACAGGUUUAUAACGCAUUUUCCUUUUAAGUAAUACAGAUAUUGCUAAAUGAAGAGGAGUUGACGUUUCCUCCACGAGGACAGGCAUUUGUUUGUUAAAUUUAAAUUAACAAAACAGGUGCACAUUUUAUUUAUACAUACAUUUGUAAACGAAAAAAACAAACAAACAAAAAAAACCCACCUGAAUAUAUGACGCCCUAACAUGUGUAGAGGUGUUUCCAUUAGUCAAAAUCGUACUUAAAACAAACAACUAGCGUGGGUAUAUUUUUCAACAACAAACUGUUUUCAAGCAAUCGGUAUUGGCGCCUUCAAGGAACAUUUUGGGAAUGUCAUCGGCAAUUGAGAGAAAGACCUUAGACACAACAGAGGAGCCCGUGGAUGAGGUGCUGCAGGUGCCCCCCUCCCUCCUGACCUGUGGGGGCUGCCAGCAAAGCAUUGGGGAGCGCUUCUUCUUGAAGGCCAUCGAGCAGUACUGGCACGAGGACUGUCUGAGCUGCGACCUGUGUGGCUGCCGGCUGGGUGAGGUGGGGCGCCGGCUCUACUACAAGCUGGGGAGGAAGUUGUGCCGCAGGGACUACCUCAGGUUGUUCGGGCAGGACGGGAUGUGUGCGUCCUGUGACAAACGGAUCCGAGCGUUCGAGAUGACGAUGCGCGUGCGGGACAAGGUGUACCACCUGGAGUGCUUCAAGUGUGCCGCCUGUCAGAAGCACUUCUGCGUGGGGGACCGGUACAUCCUCAUCAACUCUGACAUCGUGUGUGAACAGGACAUCUUCGAGUGGACCAAACUCAAUGGCAUGCUCUAGACUGGCUCCAUGAGAACAGGCCUUGCAGUGAAUUAACUUCCCGUGUGGCUGCAGACUUCCGUCUCUAAGGAAACGUGCUCAUUUCCAAGCAUUUGCUUCUUAUAAACCGCAGUGCAGGCUGGAGGAAUUCCCUUGUGUUUUUGGUGGGGUAUUUACUGAGAAGGAAAAGAAUGGAGGAACCACUGCCGGCCUUUCUGACAAACAGCGGGGCGUUUUCUUUGUUUUGUGGUUGGAUGUAUGGUGCAUAUUAUUCACUCUAUUGCAAUGCAAUAAAAAAAUGAAGGGAUUUUCCUGCCAAACCCCCUUAUUAUAAAUUAUUCUAGAGGGAAGGAAAGAGAAUUCCUUAAGGAUGGAAAUGACUCCCACAGUGCUUUAGGUAAAGUUUAUAAACCAAGUAAACCACAGUUUAGGCUACACUGAUGAAGGCUGGAGCCAAAUCGUUUGUCAGCCUUAUAGGUUUCACCUUAUAUUUUUUAUUAAGUGUGAUUUGAAGUUAUGAUUUAAUAUUAGCUUAAUAUAAACUGAUUUAUAAAUGACGAAUACAUUUGUUUUAUUUGGGGGGGGGGGGGGGGGAGAAUGACAAAGGGCUCUUUAAUUAAACACAUUGCAUAGUCUAUAUAAUAUAACAUACUACUAUGCAAUGUGCAUCUUAUUAAUCUCAAAGUAAAACCCGGAAUGGCUUAGACUGUUUUGCUCAGUCUCUCUUAUUCUCCAGUAGGCAUGUUCCUCAUUGCAGCUAUUGUUUAGCAGGCUCUGAAUGUUUCACAACUGAAGGUUGUGUUUAAAGGGUGCUUUCAAGCACUCAUUGUAAUAAUAAAUAUUAUUUUAGAAAAUAAAGGAUGAAUAAAUGUUUUAUUUGUAUUCACAAUGUUAUUAUUUUAAUUGAUUGAUAAUUAAAUUGGGUCUGUUUUAUUGAUAA